AUGCCGUCCCGGGCCGAGGACUAUGAGGUGCUAUACACCAUUGGCACGGGCUCCUACGGCCGCUGCCAGAAGAUCAGGAGGAGGAGCGACGGCAAGAUAUUAGUUUGGAAAGAACUUGACUAUGGCUCCAUGACAGAGGCUGAGAAACAAAUGCUUGUUUCUGAAGUGAAUUUGCUUCGGGAACUGAAACAUCCAAACAUUGUUCGUUACUAUGAUCGAAUUAUUGACCGUACCAACACAACACUGUACAUUGUAAUGGAAUAUUGUGAAGGAGGAGACCUGGCUAGUGUAAUUACAAAGGGAACCAAGGAAAGACAAUACUUAGAUGAAGAGUUUGUUCUUCGAGUGAUGACUCAGUUGACCCUGGCCCUAAAGGAAUGUCACAGACGAAGUGAUGGUGGCCACACUGUGCUGCAUCGAGACCUGAAACCGGCCAAUGUUUUCCUGGAUGGCAAGCAAAACGUCAAGCUUGGAGACUUUGGACUAGCUAGAAUAUUAAACCACGACACGAGUUUUGCAAAAACAUUUGUUGGUACACCAUAUUACAUGUCACCAGAACAAAUGAAUCGUAUGUCCUACAAUGAGAAAUCGGAUAUCUGGUCACUGGGUUGUUUGCUGUACGAAUUGUGUGCAUUAAUGCCUCCAUUUACAGCUUUCAACCAGAAAGAACUGGCUGGGAAGAUCAGAGAAGGCAAAUUCAGGCGAAUUCCUUAUCGUUACUCUGAUGAAUUGAAUGACAUUAUUACAAGGAUGUUAAAUUUAAAGGAUUACCAUCGACCUUCUGUUGAAGAAAUUCUUGAGAGCCCUUUGAUAGCAGACUUGGUUGCAGAAGAGCAAAGAAAAAAUCCCGAGAGAAGAGGGCGACGAUUAGGAGAGUCAGAAAAGUUGCAGCAAGAUUCCAGCCCUGCAGUGAGUGAGUUGAAACUAAAGGAGCAGCAGUUACAGGAGCGAGAGCGAGCCCUCAAAGCAAGAGAAGAAAGACUGGAGCAGAAGGAACGUGAGAUUUGUAUUCGUGAAAGACUUGCAGAGGAUAAACUGGCAAGAGCAGAAAGUCUGUUGAAGAAUUACAGCCUGCUGAAGGAACAGAAACUCCUAUCUCUAGCAAGUAAUCCAGACCUUCUUGAUCUUCCAUCCUCAAUGAUGAAGAAGAAAGUUCAUUUCAGUGGAGAAAGUAAAGAGAAUGUCAGGAAGAGUGAGAAUUCAGAGAAUCUGCUGACGUCAAAGUCCAAGUGCAGAGACCUAAAGAAAAGGCUUCAUGCUGCCCAGCUGCGUGCUCAAGCCCUGUCAGAUAUCGAAAAGAAUUACCACCUCAAGAGCAGACAGAUCCUGGGCAUGCGCUAGCCUCACAGGGGGACACCAAGCUGCGUACAGUAUUUAAUACUGCCAAGCCUUUAAAGAUUGAUAUUCAACUGCUGUAGCCUUCUAUACUUGGUUCUGUGAGCCAUGCCUUUUGUACAGUAAGCAUGAUACUUUGGAAUUGCUUUUGCUGUUCUUCAGCAACAGUUGUAGAAACUGCCCACAUUUUUCCUUGUUCUUUGUUUCUUUACCAGAAGCUAAGAACACUUCAUAGAAACAAUGACACUUUCCUGGCUGAUUGGAUUUUUAAUUCCAUAUGCAAUUAAUACUGGAAAUAUAAGAUG